CCCAGAUCCAGUCCAUCGUCUAGUCAUGCGCAAAGCGCCCCCGAACAGAAGAGCUUCUUUUCUUUUCUCUCCGCUUUCUUCUCUUCUCUUCUCUUCUCUAGUCGGAUCCGUUUCACUCUCCCAACUAGCAGCCAUGGUGUCCCCCCGAUCUCUCCUCCUCCUCCUCCUUCUCGCCUCCCCAUUCCUCCUCCUCCUCCUCCACGCAUCCUCCGACGAGGACCUCGACUACAUCAUCCACAACGCCGCCGCUGACGACCUCCCCGCCGACGACGAAUGGCUCCAAGAGGGCUCCGACGACGACCAGGAAGAGUCAGACCCCUUCCACCAAGGCGAUAUCGACGAGACCCACGUCUUCCUCCUCACCGCCGCCAACUUCUCCGACUUCCUCUCCUCCCGCCGCCACGUCAUGGUGGAGUUCUACGCGCCCUGGUGCGGCCACUGCCAGGCGCUCGCCCCGGACUAUGCCGCCGCCGCCUCCCAACUCGCCCUCCUCCACCAGGAUGUCGUCGCCCUCUCCAAGGUUGACGCUACCGAGGACGCCGACCUUGCCCAGAAGUACGACGUCCAGGGAUUCCCCACCAUCCUCUUCUUCAUCGACGGCGUCCCCAAGGACUACACCGGAGAGAGGACCAAGGAGGCCAUCGUGGCUUGGAUCAACAAGAAGCUAGGGCCUGGAGUGCACAAUGUCACCACCGUCGACGAGGCCGAGAAGAUAAUCACCGGGGAAGACAAGGCAGUUCUGGCCUUCCUUGACUCCCUAUCGGGUGCUCACAGCAAUGAGCUUGCUGCUGCUUCAAGACUGGAAGAUACCAUCAACUUUUACCAGACUUCCAAUCCUGAUGUAGCUAAGCUUUUUCACAUUGACCCGGCAGCAAAGCGCCCAUCCGUAGUCUUGCUGAAGAAAGAGGAGGAGAAGUUGACCAUAUAUGAGGGAGAGUUCAGAGCAUCUGCCAUUGCCGAUUUUGUAUCUGCGAACAAACUUCCACUCAUUACCAUCCUCACACAGGAAACUGGCCCUUCAAUUUUUGAUAAUCCAAUCAAGAAGCAAAUUUUACUAUUUGCUGUUGCGAAUGAGUCUUCAGAAUUUCUGCCCAUCUUUAAGGAAGUAGCAAAACCAUUCAAGGGAAAGCUUUUAUUUGUCUUUGUGGAGCGAGACAAUGAGGAAGUUGGGGAACCUGUUGCCAAUUACUUCGGUAUUACUGGACAAGAAACCACAGUUCUUGCUUACACUGGGAAUGAAGAUGCUAAGAAAUUUUUUCUUGAUGGUGAAAUGUCACUUGACAACAUUAAGAAAUUCGCUCAAGAUUUCCUGGAGGACAAGCUUACACCAUUCUACAAGUCUGAGCCAAUACCCGAACCUAAUGAUGAGGAUGUCAAAAUUAUUGUUGGCAAGAAUCUAGAUCAAAUAGUUUUGGAUGAAUCAAAAGAUGUCCUUCUGGAGAUAUAUGCACCAUGGUGUGGACAUUGUCAGUCACUGGAGCCUACCUACAAUAAGCUAGCCAAACAUCUCCGUGGCAUCGACUCUCUUGUAAUCGCCAAGAUGGAUGGCACAACCAAUGAGCAUCCUCGUGCCAAGCCUGAUGGAUUCCCCACGAUACUCUUCUAUCCAGCUGGGAAGAAAAGCUUUGAGCCUAUGACUUUUGAGGGGGACCGGACGGUAGUAGAGAUGUACAAGUUCAUCAAGAAGCAUGCUAGCAUCCCUUUCAAGUUGAAGCGCCCAGACUCAUCAGCGGCACGGACCGAGAGGGCUGAGAGCUCAGGUUCGACUGAGGGCGAGAAGAGCUCUGGUUCAAACCUGAAGGAUGAAUUGUAGGACAGUAACCGUUGAGCUACUCAAUGCUGGCUACAAGUUUUGAGGUGCUGCGGUCGAUAGUCCUUUUUCUAGAGAAAGCAGGAAGCGGGGAAGUAAUAUCUAGGUUUUGUUGUUAGAGUGGUCAGCUCGAGCAGUUGGAAGUGCAAGUCCAGAACACAGAAUAUUAGAAUCAAAUAAAAGCGAGAAAUCCUUUGCUUA